AUGCAAGAAUGGCAACUCGCACACUUGCCUUCCCCCCAGGAAGUUCCAGAUGUCACUGGUGAUUUCAUACAGCAGUAUCUCACACCACAAAAGAUCAAGAUCACAGAAGCAGAUGCAGUUAAAAUUACGAAAAACACGUCCUCAGGCCAAUGGACUGCUGUAGAGGUGACGGAGGCAUUUUGCCAUCGAGCAGCGCUUGCGCACCAAAUGACAAAUUGCUUGCACGAAGUCUUCUUUUCCGCAGCCUUGGAGGAAGCUCGAUUGCUUGAUGAGUAUCUUGCGAGACACGGGAAACCAAAAGGCCCGCUUCAUGGAUUGCCGAUAAGUCUGAAAGACCAGUUUCAUGUAAGAGGCGUGGAAACGACAAUGGGGUAUGUGAGCUGGAUCGGAACGUUCCAAGGGAAGCCGUACGAUGGGAGAGCAUUGAAUUACGAGAGUGAGUUGGUGCGUGAACUGCGCGAGCUCGGAGCGGUGCUGUACUGCAAGACCAGUGUCCCUCAUACACUAAUGGGCGCGGAGACGAGCAAUAACAUCGUUGGAUAUGUACGCCUUCCACAAAACCGAAGGCUUUCUCCAGGAGCCAGCUCAGGCGGCGAGGGCGCAUUGAUCGGUUUUCGGGGCUCACCUGCUGGGUUCGGCACUGAUAUCGGUGGUAGUAUUCGGCACCCGUCCGCGCUGAAUGGUCUUUAUGGAUUGAGGCCCUCGUCGGGGAGGUCUCCAUACGAGGGGGCUGCGAAUUCAAUGGAUGGCCAGAAUGUGAUGCCGUCUGUGGUGGGACCUAUGGCAACCAGUGCAUCGGCUCUCAAAUUGCUGAUGAAGGCGGUUCUCAGCCAACAACCGUGGCUCCAGGAUCCGCUGGUGGUGGAGCUUCCCUGGAGGACUGAGAUGGAGGAGUCAGUUUUAGAUCUCAUUCGAUCGUCAACAGAUGGGCGCGGGAAGCUUGCGUUUGGCGUGUUAAAGCAUGAUGGAUGUGUGAUGCCACAACCACCUGUCCAGCGAGCAAUGGAGUACGUAACGGGUCUCCUGAAGCGCCUGGGGCACAAGGUUAUUGAAUGGGAACCUCCCUCCCAUAAACUUGCCGCCAAACUUGCCUUUGAAAUAUACGGGCUCGAUGGCGGGAGAGACUGUUUUCAGAAUCUUUCUUUAUCAGGAGAAUCCCCAAUCCCUCAAGUCCUCGAACCGUUCAAUCACGGCCAGGGUAAACAGGCCGAUGCCAGCCAAAUAGCAGCCAUUAAUAUUGAGAAACGAGAAUUCCAGAAGGCGUAUCUGGACUAUUGGAAUGAGACUAUCAAUGUAACCGGUACUGGGAGGACAGCCGAUGCUCUCAUUACCCCUGUAAUCGCAUACACGGCCGUCAAACCACAUCAGUUACGAUAUGUGGAUUAUUCGCUCUUUGUGAAUAUCUUGGAUUAUCCCUCCGUUACUGUACCGGUUACACGGGCCGAUAAAGCCAUUGACAAACAAGACCAAACUUAUAGGCCUGAAAACAGCCAAGACCAGCAAGUGUAUGAUGACUAUGAUGCGGAAUUGUACCAUGGCUCGCCUAUUGCGGUGCAACUGGUUGGCAGGCGAUUGCAUGAGGAACAAAUUUUGACCUUGGCUGAAUAUUUAAGUGGACUGCUUGACUUCCAUUAG